CUCUAUUGUAUUUUUAAUUUAUUUUGAAACGCUUAUCGAUCAUUCUAUUCAACUUCACGUGAUACGUAUAUAUAGUUUAAUAUACGUACUGACGUUUCUAAUUCUUUAUUCGUUUAUCUUUUACAGUCUUCCAAAUUUUUAUUUAUUCUAGUUUUAAGAUUUGUAAUUUAUUAUUCAUACACAUCUAAGAAAUGUCAACUCCAUGGGCAAAAAUUCAACCAGUAGAAGGACCUGUUAAUUUGUUAGAGAUAACUUCAGAACAACUAGCAAAAAGUUUGCAAGAAAAAGAAUUAAAAAAAUAUCAAAAUGAGACAGAAAAUGAUGUAAACAUUCAAGACUGUGCAAUAUAUGAAACCAAUGAUACAGAUAGCGAUGAAGUAAUUGCACAUAUGUUACAAGAUCAAUUUAAUAAAGAAUAUGAUCUAAUGUUAAAACGCACAGAGGAAAAAUUCAAUCGUGAUUCUAAAGUUAAUAUAUCAUAUACAAAUUAUCGAACUUCUCUGUGUGAUGAUCAAGAUGAUAAAGACACAGACAUUGAAGAUACAACUAAAGAUUUUGAUAGAUUUGUGAGUAUAGAGAAAGAAUAUGCUUCUAUACCACGUUGUGGAUAUAGAAAAAUGGGUGGUGAGGGAUCUCAAAUUGUUACAAAGCAUGAUAUGUUGAUGUCUUCAAGAAUAAAUGCUUGCAGAGUGUUACAAUUCCCACCAGGAAUUCAUACAGGAGAUACAGGAGGAUUUGAUGUUAAAUUAAACAAUAAAGUAUUUAACAGUUUAAGGGCUCAUAGUCAUGCUCAGUGUUCUAAACAAAAAGCAAAAGCACGACCACAUACAAAAUAAAUAAAUAAAAUAUUUCCACAGGUCUCUCAAUUGUCAAAUUACUUUCAAAAUCUUCAUUUAAUGACGUUUGAAUCGCAGGUCUACAUAUCAACCCAUUGUAUAGAGUCAGCGAACAUCGUAUAGAUGAUAGUAACCAAUUAUAUCUAAAGAAAAAACAUUUUUUACUAGAAAAAUUGCUUGAAAUAUAGUAUAAUUUCACUUACAAACACUUAAUGUUUAAGAGUCCAAAAAUAAAAAAUAAUAUAGCCACCGGAGCUAUCAAAUAAAUAAACAUUUUUUAAUAUGUUUAUAAGAAGUAUGAUACUUCAGUGGAUCAUUUUGUCAAUUGACUACAGUUUUUGACAAAAGACAAUCGAGUUAGCCUACUAGAAUUUACUGCACAAAUCCAAAACAACAUAUAUGACAAAGUAAAAUAA